UCGCCAUGUUGUUGGCGAAGUGGGAGAAGGAAGGGUUUGGUGCUCCGCGAUAGUAAACAUUCGACAGUGGGCCGGCGGAAGUUGUCGGGUGCCUUGUCAAAUAAUACUUUUCCUAUCCCGAGUUACAAUUUUUACUGUUAUUUCACGUUGUCGUGGGUAAUCAAAACGCUAAACGAACUAAUUUUGAUACUUUACAUUUUAUUCCUCAUAAUGGCCUCAUUAGAUUAUUGUGACCAUAUUAAAUGUUAGUGUAUAAUUUCAAAAGGUGUUUUAGGAAACAACACGAAAAUUUUCAUAAUUUACACGACCGUUCAUUUAUUUUAUUAAUGUAGUGAGAAUGACGAAGGAAUCAAUAGAAGACGGUGCUGUUUAUCGAGUACGAAGAAUUUUUGAAGUUUCAUCGGAACUAAACAUUAGUGCGUGAUAAUAUUUAGACCUGACGUGGGGCUUGAAUUCCCAAUGAAUUGUAUCGUAACAGUGAACGCUUGUCGCGUGUCUUUAAAAAAAUAAUAAUUUGCGGUAAAGAACAUAUCUAGUUUUUUUUUUUUUUUUUUUUUUUUUCCAAUGAACGGCAUAACUUAAAGGAAUAGUUGUUCGUUAGCUCGAGACUGGAAAGUGCGUGGAGUGUGUGUCAGUGUGUGAUAUACUCGUAUCCGCCGCGGGCCGAGGAUACGCCCGCCGCCGUCAAAGUGUCGUCGUGCGCCGCCCUGAUGUUCUGCUUCGCCAAGCCGGCGGGGGAGGGCGCCGCGACGCCCGAGGAGGCCCCGCCGGGACGCUGGAAGGGCCGGGCGCGCCCCAAGGGCCGGGCCGACCAAGGGCGCACGAACAACUGUCGCGAGCCGCGGGGGGACGCGGGCGGGGCGACGCCAGCCUUCCUGGCGGCCGCCGCGAGGGUGAACAGCCACGGCGGCAGCUCCGGGGACUCCUCCCCCUCCACCUCGUCGGCGGGCACGUCGCGCCAGGGCUCGGUGGAGUCGGACUCGCCGAGCUGCUCGUCGCAGUCGUCCGCGUCGUGCUCGUCGUCCUCCAUGGCCGUCCCGCCCGCACCGCAGGGCGCCCUGGCGGGGGCUCCGCCCCAGAGCGCCGGCCCGCGCUUCAAGCUGCUGCGCGAGGGCGACGUGCAGGUGUGCUACCUCAACCACACGCGCACCGUCAUCAGCAAGAUCCUCAGCUCCAAGUUCCUGCGCCGCUGGGAGACGCACCACCUCUACCUCAACGACUCCUGCAUCUCGUCCAAAACGCCCAACGGGUUCCUGGAGAUGUCCGUCCCCUACUCCAGCAUGGAGGAGGUGUACGUGGUGACGCGCUGGGACGUGGGCCACAAGUUCUGCAUCCGGCUGGUCGUGCCCGACGGCUCCUUGCUGCUGCAGGCGAACAACGCAUACGUUCGCGACCAGUGGUACCACUCCAUACUGUGGAAGAAAAACAUAUUCAAGUUCCGGAACAUCUUGAACAGGCCAACGAGGCAAGACGUCAUCUUGAAGGAGAUGAAGGGCUUGAUCGACUUCGCCACCUCCACCCCCUUGCAGGACGAGUGCGUCACCAGUGUGCCUAUCGAGAUUGUCUCCAAGCUGCUCGCGGACGAGCAGUGGUGGGGCAGCCUGGCGGCCAGCUCGGACGUGAUAGCGACGGUGGCGCCGCAGCUGGAGAACACGCCGCCCUCGCCGGACAUGUGCCGCUUCUUCUGCCGGCACUGCGUCGCGCACCCCAGGUCGCCCGUGGUCGCCGACGAGCUCACGCCCAUCGUGCACCGCAUCCUCAAGCACAACGUGGACUUUGGCAAGUCACCGCACAUGCGUCGCUUCGUGCAGGAGUACAUCAGAGCGCUGCACUGCCAGAACUGCGGAAGCGAAGUGCUCAAGAAAUUUGUAGCAAGCGCCCACGGGCCGGUGAGCGGCUGCCCCCACCCCCGGGUGCUGCCCAACCUGGUGUCCGUGUGCCUGGCCUCGGUGUUCUCCAACUUCGAGGAGCGGCGGUCGCUGUCGCGGCGCAACGAGGCGCCCGGCCCCGAGGACGAGGGCGACGCGGAGACGCCCGAGGACCGCCACCUCCAGUGCUACAUCGCCGUCUUCCUGCACAUAUCAGAAUACGAGGAUUGGAGACCCGGUCUGGCACAGCUUCUGCAGCCUAUUCCAUUUCCAGAUGAGGCACUAACCUACCCUCUUUUCAUGGAGAGUUUCAUGCCAGUCAUACAACGAAUAGGGAUGGAUUUCCGCUGUGAAGUCCAUCAGAUGGUGCUCGGCAUCCGAGAUGGAAAGGCUGGCUGGUUUGACAUAUACUGCCCCUCCAGCUUUGCGUGCUCAGACAACGGCCAGUUGUGGUGUCUCAUGUUGCAGACGCUGCUGGCGUGCUGCUGCCGCCGGAAGAGGUUCCUGGCGCAGGUGGCGAAGCACUACAACCCGUGCAUCCUGGCGUCGCUGCGCGGCCACGAGGUGGCGCACGAGGCGCUCUGCCUCAUGCUCGAGUGGGAGCUGGUCGAGGCGGACGAGCUGAAGAUGCAGAUAGUCACCACGCUGCAGACCACCGCGUCCGGCCGAGAGCACUACGCCGCCCUGUGCCAGCGCCAGAGGCAUCUCCGCGAGCUGCAACAGAAGGGGGGACCGCGCAAGCUGACGCUGCCCAUCCGGUCGACGGACGCCGACAUCACCCGCCUGCUGAGCUGCGGCUCGUUCGGGAACCUCGAGUGCCUGAGCCUGGCCUUCACGCACGUGACGAGCGCCUGCGCGGAGCAGCUCAUCAAGCUGCCCACCCUGCGCUACCUCAACCUCUGGUCCACCCAGUUUGGAGAUGCUGGCUGUCUGAUGAUAGCAGAGCAUUUGCACAAGCUGCAGGUCCUAAACCUGUGCGAAACUCCUGUUUCCGACAAGGGCAUUUCUGCACUUUCAGCCUUGACGAGCCUGCGAAAGCUGAACCUGAACAGCACGAAACUGUCGGCCGAAGCAUUCGAGAGCCUGAGGAAGACCCUCCCCCUGGUGCUGGAGUACGACGUGCGCUACACGGAGGCGUGGUGAGGCCGCUCAGCACUCCCGAGACGUCCUCGCAGAGCGGCACCCUUGCCCGGGACCGACGCUCGGCGGUUCCUCCACCACAGACACACGCACGUGCGAGGGUUGCGAAGUGCAAGACUGGUAGUUCGACCUCGCCGAGACGGACUCUGCUGGACACGACUGUCGAGAGCUCUCGCGUGGAGGGAACCAAGACGUGUAACUCUCAGGUUAUCGACUUCACGGGAAGCGAGCACACUAGAUUUAGUUUCGUUUACAACCUAGGGUAUCACCAGCACAGUAAUUAUUAUUCAUCAUGUUUCAUGUAGAGACAUUUACAAGUCAUAUUUAUUUAAAAAAAUUUGUGCUAGUCAUGUAUCAGGAGGGGGUCAGUAGAGUUCAGUCAAUAAACGCCUAUCUGUGAACUUUUUUGCUUCAAACAUUUAUGAAACUUGAUGAUUUACCAAAAAUUUAUUUUAUUUACAUGCAAAUUGAGCUUUUACUAUUAUGUUUUGUAUUUUUGCACAAUAGAGCCAAUUCUGUGAUUUUUAUCAUGCUAGCAUGUAUUACUAGAUUUUUCUCGUUCUAAGCAAUAUUAGGAAGUAUUUUUCUUAUGUUGUCAGUAUACUGGCAGAUACAAAAUCUUACCAAAAUAUUCUGCAGGAACGCACAUUUUGGGUGAUGCAAAUACAUUACCUCAUUAAAGUUAUUUCUUUGCAAAAUAAACUUACACUUUAUUAAUAAACUUAUCUAGAUUGUUCAGUGAUAUGACAAUGUUGUUGAAUCAUGUAAUAAAUUCAGGUGUAAAAUUGUGAAAUGUUAUGUUUUUUUCUGAUAAAAUGACAAAAUAACGCACAUAAGUUAUUCUUAAAAAUUAAUGACCAAUUGCUUUUUAGAAGUGUGGCAGUGUAAUUGCAUUGAUUAAAUUUGUGUUAAAUUGUAUUUUCAGUAUGAUUGUAAUUAAUUUUCUAUAGUAGGUCAAAUUUAGUCAAAAGUUAUUUAAGUGUAGUAUGUACACAGGUAUUUAAUGUAAUUUUGUGAAUUGUAAUGACAUUUAUUUUGUAUUUGUAUAUUUAAAUGUUUUAAAAAGUUACAUUUAUAUUUAAAGAUCAGGGUUAGGUAUGUGUAUGUGCAUAGAACAUGUUUACUAACUGUUCAGAUUACUUGCAUAUGUAAUACACUUAGUUAUAUGUUCACUAGAUUUUGUAUGCAUUCAAAUUAGAUAGCUUUUAAAAAAAUUUAUAUAAUUAAUUAUUGAUUCCAGUACCAGUUCCAAAACAUAAUUGGCAGUAGUAUUGAUAUGUAGUCCGAUUCUUGGAAUACCAUUACAUUUAUUACUAUUAUUUUAUAAUAAUAAAUUAAUAAACAACAAAAAAAUUAAAAAAAAAAAUUAUAUACAGCUCAUAACCCACAAAAAAUAUAGCAAGUGUAUACGAUCAGACCACAGUACUGGUGCACUAAUUUGCUAAACAAAAUUGUGAAAGUAUAGAAUGUUUUUGUCAUUUUCAUAGUUAUUUUAUGUCAGAACAACUGGCUUGAACAUUUCUGUUUAAAAAUUGAAAAUAUGUUGACCAAUGUAGAUGAUCACUCAAUUUACUCAAUUUAAUCCCUUUUAUACAUUUAAUUAUUUGGAAAAGGUUCUAAAGUAAAACAUAAACGUUAAUACCAUAUUACCUAAGAAUAUAGUCAAUAUUACAGAAAAGAACUGGAGAGAUUAAAAUUUUGUCUGCUUUUUAUAUUUAAAGAAAUUUUUCUUUAAAGCUAGUAAAUUGGACACUAUGAUCUGAUAACAGUUAGACGUAACAUUAAUAGACAUGAAAAAUUUCUAUUUUCUGUAUAAUAAUAUAGUACUACAUACUACAUAAAACUAAAAACACAAAUGUUACAAAUAAUAAUGCCACUACAUGCUCUCAUGCCAACACAUAUAAUCCAUGCAUUGGACAAAAAUUUGUCUCUCUUUGACAAGCAAAGAAUUGAUCAUAUAUACUUUUAUUGUAUAUUGCAAGCCUCUUCUUUUCUUUGCAAGACCCAAGGUUUAAAACGCAAAAAAAAAAUCCGCAGACAUGUGCAAUCUAAUGAAACAUUCAAGACCAACAUCUGAUACUAAAAUUAAAGGAAAUUUUAUUCAAUUUUUACUCUCAGGCAAUUAAUAAGUAGAUCCAUUUCAAAUAUUCAAAUUACGAACUAUUAAGCUAAAUUAUGUUGAUAGUAUUAAACCUAAUUAUUACAUAUAAAAUGACCCCAAGAUUUUUGUAAUGCAUGUAAACAGUGAUAUUGUAACAGUUGUAUUGGUUUGCAGCUAACUUGCAAAGCAAGUUAAUUAUUUCCUUGGAAGAAAAUUGUAUGUCAAAAAUGGUAUACUUCUGUAGCCUUCUUCUUUUGUGUACGUCUCUUCUCUAAUAAGAACUGACAUAAACUUUUACAGAAAUUAGCAUAGCUUUAGCCAUUGCUAUAAGAAGCUAUGCUUAUUUAAUUUUGAAGGCACUAAAGAAUAUAAAUAUUAUACAUUUUUGAAACAGUCUUUUUUUUUUCCUGCUAGAACCAUUUUAAAAGUGUACAAGUUUCUGCAGUUCAUGUUUGUUUUAUUUCCAAGUUUUUUGACCAACAGGCAUAUCAACACACCUCAGAAAUCAGUCCUUGAACAGAAUAGCAUAAAGAAAAAAUGCCAAUUUUCAAAAACAGUAUUAUUACAUUUGUUUGAAGUAGUUUUAUGACCAGCAUUAAUUUCAUAUCAUGUAUACAUUACUUUGACAUUCACUACAAAUGCUUCUCUGAAAAUUGUCUGUCAUGAAAUGAUUUUUCAAUUUUUUAAAAAUGGAUGCCAGCUACUUGAAGUACUUACACACGAAUCUAAGCCCCAUUUUUAGUUCCAGCAAACAGGCUUUCCAAUUUGUUAAACCUGCUACUACCAGGCUUCUUACUGUUAGGCACUGACACAACCACACAAACAAACUUGGCAUCUAGGUCCAAAUUUAAGUUCCACAAAUACCUAUCAUUUCCUCAUCCCAAAUUAUUUAUAAUUUUCCUAAAACCAUCUAUGCAGUGUAGUUUCAAUCAUUAAUACAAAUAUAACUGUAAACUAAAAAGAAACAAUGGAUAUAAAUUUGAAUAUCAGGGGCAAACUCGCAAAGUACAAGUUUCGAGAGGCAGCAGUUUGAACAUUAACUUCUAACAUUAUUGUCAGCCCACUCUUGAUUUCUAAGGUGAAAUUCCAAGUAUAACAGGCAAAGUCAACUCCUUUAAAGG